GUUCCGUAUGAUAAUGUUCCUGAUUACAUUGGGGGGUUACAUCUGAAUAGUUUCUGUACAAAGCUAGGCUAUAUGUUGAAUAAUAUUCAUGUUGUUGCCGUGCAUGUUUUCCAUGCCCACGUUGUCUUCUUUUGCCAUUUCCAGCCACAGCCGUUCAGUAAAGUUUGAUUCCGUUCUGAUGCUUGUUCUCUUUGGAUUCGCAGCGCCGCCAACCAGACAGUUCAUUCCCCUCUCAAGCUGUUAUUCCAAAUUUUAGAAAAGCAAUCGAAAAGCAAUGACAUGCGAUACGUUACAUUACUUCGAUAAUAUAUAAUAAAAUAGCCACACUGCUGUUCGGUUUUUAAAUAGGGUAGCCUAUAUCCCGUUCCCAGAGGAGCCUUCCCAGCGCUGAUUGACUGCGUGUCUGCCCUCAGCACCGCGGACAGCGACCAUGACUCGGCUCCGCAGGAAAGCUCUCGUGGCGCUGUUCCUCUUCACGCUGUUUAUUUUCGGGGCCAUGAUGGGGCUCAGGACGCUCAAGCCCAGCGACGGCUUCUCGGACCUAGCCCCCGGCAUAGGCAUAGACUUCCCCGGGGAGAAGCCGGACCGGAGGCGGCUGGAUGGGAGAGACGUGGCGCAGGUGUCGCCGGGCCAGUUCCACACGGGCAGCAGCAGCAGCAGCAGCAGUGACACUAAAGUGGUGUUCACCAGAUCGGACCGUGAAUACAGUAUAUUCUACGAUGUUCACAUCUUCUACUACCUGUGGUACGGCUCUCCCAGCAUGGACAACAAGUACAUCCACUGGGAUCAUGUGCUCGUGCCACACUGGGACCCCAAGAUCGCAGCCAGUCAUGCCCAGGGAAGGCACACACCUCCGGAGGAUAUCGCCUCGAGUUUCUACCCGGAGCUGGGAGCCUACAGCUCCAGGGACCCGGCGGUGCUGGAGGCACACAUGGCCCAGAUAGAGGCGGCUGCAGCAGGGGUGCUGGUGUUGUCCUGGUACCCCCCCGGGGUGGCAGACGACCACGGCGAGCCCACCGAGGACCUGGUUCCUGUCGUCAUGGACGCCGCCCACAGGCACAGCAUCAAGGUGGCCUUUCAUAUACAGCCAUACAAAGGACGGACGGACCAGAGCAUGCAUGACAACAUCAAAUACAUUAUUGACAAGUAUGGAAAGCAUGGCGCCUUCUACAGAUUCCGAUCCAGCACAGGACGAGUCCUGCCUCUGUUUUAUGUCUAUGACUCCUACCUGACACCGCCAGAGUCCUGGGCGGAGCUUCUGAAGACUAAAGGCUCCCACAGCAUCAGAGGCACAUCUUAUGACGGCGUUUUCGUCGCCCUCAUUGUGGAAGAGCGCAACAAACAUGACAUCUUAGCUAGCGGCUUCGAUGGCAUAUACACCUACUUUGCCUCCAACGGCUUCUCCUUUGGCUCAUCCCACCAGAACUGGAAAGCCAUCAAGGCCUUCUGCGAUGCAAACAAUCUCCUAUUUAUUCCCAGUGUUGGUCCAGGGUACGUGGACACAGCUGUCCGGCCAUGGAACAACCAUAACACCAGGAACCGGGUGAACGGACGUUACUACGACACAUCCUUGCAGGCAGCGUUGUCCGUCAGACCAGAAAUAGUCACCAUUACUUCCUUUAACCAGUGGCACGAAGGCACGCAGAUAGAGAAGGCUGUACCCAAGAAAACAGUGGCCCGUUUGUACCUUGACUACCAACCCAACCAACCAGACCACUACUUAGAGCUUACGCGCCAGUGGGCCGAGAACUUCAACAAGGAGAAGGACAAAUGGCUGAUGUGAACGUGGCUUUGUUUCCCUGCUAGAUGCCCUGAGCAUGCCCAGAAAUGACAUUAAGUCAGAUCCCCUAUGCCCCUUUAUGUUCCACAACCUACGAACUUUUCCCAAACUCUCAGCACUUCCGAUAAGAUUUUCUCUAAAUGUUCACUCUACCCUUACAGCUUUUAAUCACUUGCAUUUUUUUUGUACAGGUUAAUAAUGUCACCAAUAUGUUGAAGCUACAAUGUCACAAUGAUGUUCAGAUCAUCAUCGUUACAACUGUUUAUUAUCUGUUUGCAGAAACAAGAAAUUGCGUCUAUGUACAGUAACUCAGUAGGGUCUUUUUUCUUAUUUUCUUAA